GACGACCCCGGCUCCGCGCUCUCCCAGGACCUGCCCGGCUCCGCGCUCACGUUCGAGGCCUCGGGGCUGGAGCCCGGCAGCAGCUUCGAGCUCCGCGUGCAGGCGAGGACACGGGGGGAGCUGGGCCCAGCGGGGACCCUGCGCCUGCGAACCCAGCUUGCCCAGACCCUGCCCCGUCACGGAGGGUCCCCGGUGCCACCGAUUGCGUCCCCGCCAACCCCGAGGUCCCCGGCGCCAGCAGCAUCCCCGGGCUCACCGGCGUCACCGGAUGCACCCUUGGCCUCACCGGGGUCUUUGGGGUCCCUGCCAGCAUCGCCAAGGCUUCCAGCGGCCCCAGUGCCUCGAGGGUCCCCAGCAUCUGCGAGGUCACCGGGGUCCCCAUCGGCCCCAGUGUCCCCGGAGUCCCCAGCGCUACCACAGGCCCCCGUGUCACCUCCAGCCCCGUGGUCCCCAGGGCUCCCUGGGGGCCCAUCCCUGCAUGACCUGGGGGCCAAGCUUGCCUCCUACAACGGCUCCUUGCUGCAGCGCCUGGAGAGCCACCUCCGGGCCACCAACUUCCCCCUGCGGGGCAACCAGACGGUGCCCGCGGUGGCCAGGGCCAUCCUCUCGUACCUCCUGCGCCGCAGCCCGGCCGCGCUCCGGCACCAGCUCCUGCAGCAGCUGCCCCAUCCCAAGCCCCACUUGAUGCCGGGGGCUGCCGGGGAGGCUCUGGUGGACCUGGAGGGGCUGCGGGGCCACGCGGAGACCGUGGUGAUCCGGUACCGGCUCCUGGAAGAGCCCGAGGGGGCCGAGGGGGAGCUGCGGGUGCCGGGGGACGCGGCGCUGGCGCGGGUGCCGGGGCUGGUGCCGGGGGCCAGGUACCGGGUGGAGGUGCACGGGCUGGUGCGGGGCCACGUCUCCAAGUCCUACACGUUCCUGGUGACAGCAGGGGUGGGAGGCACCGAGGAGCCGCCGCUGGGCUGGGAGCAGAUGUACGAGAUGGAGCCGACGGAGCCCCAAGGAGCCCCGGCCAAAGAAGAGCCGGCCCCACCAUCGGAGGAGACACCAACCAAGCCGCGCCUGGGCGAGCUCAGGGUCUCCAACGUCACCCCCAGCUCCGUGCAGCUGGAGUGGAGCGUCCCCGAGGGCACCUUUGACUCCUUCACUGUGCAGUACCGGGAUGCUCAAGGCCAACCUCAGGCACUUGCAGUUGAUGGUGGCUCCCGCACGGUCACAGUGUCAGGGCUGUCCCCGUCACGACGCUACAAGUUCAACCUGUACGGUGUGUGGGGACGGAAGCGGGUUGGUGUCAUCUCCACCGACACCAUUACAGGUGAGGACAUCCCUGAGAAGAAGCCACCAAUCAAACCUCGCCUGGGUGAGCUCACGGCGUCCAACAUCACUUCGGACUCGGUGCAGCUGGAGUGGAGCGUCCCCGAGGGCACCUUUGACUCCUUCACGCUGCAGUACCGCGAUGCCCAAGGCCAGCCCCAGGUGCUGCCCGUGGACGGGGGUUCCCGCACGCUGACGCUGCCGGGGCUGUCCCCGUCCCGCCGCUACAAGUUCAACCUGUACGGGCUGUGGGGUCGCACACGCCUGGGCCCCGUCUCCACCGACACUGUCACAGCCCCAGCCCCACAGGAGGAGGAAUCCCAGCCAGUGCUGGGUGAGCUCAGGGUGUCCGAGGUCACCUCUGACUCGGUGCAGCUGGAGUGGAGCGUCCCCGAGGGCACCUUUGACUCCUUCACGCUGCAGUACCGCGAUGCACAAGGCCAGCCCCAGGUGCUGCCCGUGGACGGGGGUUCCCGCACGCUGACGCUGCCGGGGCUGUCCCCGUCCCGCCUCUACAAGUUCAACCUGUACGGGCUGUGGGGUCGCACACGCCUGGGCCCCGUCUCCACCGACACUGUCACAGCCCCAGCUCCACAGGAGGAGGAAUCCCAGCCAGUGCUGGGUGAGCUCAGGGUGUCCGAGGUCACCUCUGACUCGGUGCAGCUGGAGUGGAGCGUCCCCGAGGGCACCUUUGACUCCUUCACGCUGCAGUACCGCGAUGCACAAGGCCAGCCCCAGGUGCUGCCCGUGGACGGGGGUUCCCGCACGCUGACGCUGCCGGGGCUGUCCCCGUCCCGCCGCUACAAGUUCAACCUGUACGGGCUGUGGGGUCGCACACGCCUGGGCCCCGUCUCCACCGACACUGUCACAGCCCCAGCUCCACAGGAGGAGGAAUCCCAGCCAGUGCUGGGCGAGCUCAGGGUGUCCGAGGUCACCUCUGACUCGGUGCAGCUGGAGUGGAGCGUCCCCGAGGGCACCUUUGACUCCUUCACGCUGCAGUACCGCGAUGCACAAGGCCAGCCCCAGGUGCUGCCCGUGGACGGGGGUUCCCGCACGCUGACGCUGCCGGGGCUGUCCCCGUCCCGCCGCUACAAGUUCAACCUGUACGGGCUGUGGGGUCGCACACGCCUGGGCCCCGUCUCCACCGACACUGUCACAGCCCCAGCUCCACAGGAGGAGGAAUCCCAGCCAGUGCUGGGUGAGCUCAGGGUGUCCGAGGUCACCUCUGACUCGGUGCAGCUGGAGUGGAGCGUCCCCGAGGGCACCUUUGACUCCUUCACGCUGCAGUACCGCGAUGCACAAGGCCAGCCCCAGGUGCUGCCCGUGGACGGGGGUUCCCGCACGCUGACGCUGCCGGGGCUGUCCCCGUCCCGCCGCUACAAGUUCAACCUGUACGGGCUGUGGGGUCGCACACGCCUGGGCCCCGUCUCCACCGACACUGUCACAGCCCGAGCUCCACAGGAGGAGGAAUCCCAGCCAGUGCUGGGCGAGCUCAGGGUGUCCGAGGUCACCUCUGACUCGGUGCAGCUGGAGUGGAGCGUCCCCGAGGGCACCUUUGACUCCUUCACGCUGCAGUACCGCGAUGCACAAGGCCAGCCCCAGGUGCUGCCCGUGGACGGGGGUUCCCGCACGCUGACGCUGCCGGGGCUGUCCCCGUCCCGCCGCUACAAGUUCAACCUGUACGGGCUGUGGGGUCGCACACGCCUGGGCCCCGUCUCCACCGACACUGUCACAGCCCCAGCUCCACAGGAGGAGGAAUCCCAGCCAGUGCUGGGUGAGCUCAGGGUGUCCGAGGUCACCUCUGACUCGGUGCAGCUGGAGUGGAGCGUCCCCGAGGGCACCUUUGACUCCUUCACGCUGCAGUACCGCGAUGCACAAGGCCAGCCCCAGGUGCUGCCCGUGGACGGGGGUUCCCGCACGCUGACGCUGCCGGGGCUGUCCCCGUCCCGCCGCUACAAGUUCAACCUGUACGGGCUGUGGGGUCGCACACGCCUGGGCCCCGUCUCCACCGACACUGUCACAGCUCCACAGGAGGAGGAACCAGCAUCGCAGCCAGUGCUGGGUGAGCUCAGGGUGUCCGAGGUCACCUCUGACUCGGUGCAGCUGGAGUGGAGCGUCCCCGAGGGCACCUUUGACUCCUUCACGCUGCAGUACCGCGAUGCACAAGGCCAGCCCCAGGUGCUGCCCGUGGACGGGGGUUCCCGCACGCUGACGCUGCCGGGGCUGUCCCCGUCCCGCCGCUACAAGUUCAACCUGUACGGGCUGUGGGGUCGCACACGCCUGGGCCCCGUCUCCACCGACACUGUCACAGCUCCAGCUCCACAGGAGGAGGAAUCGCAGCCAGUGCUGGGCGAGCUCAGGGUGUCCGAGGUCACCUCUGACUCGGUGCAGCUGGAGUGGAGCGUCCCCGAGGGCACCUUUGACUCCUUCACGCUGCAGUACCGCGAUGCACAAGGCCAGCCCCAGGUGCUGCCCGUGGACGGGGGUUCCCGCACGCUGACGCUGCCGGGGCUGUCCCCGUCCCGCCGCUACAAGUUCAACCUGUACGGGCUGUGGGGUCGCACACGCCUGGGCCCCGUCUCCACCGACACUGUCACAGCUCCAGCUCCACAGGAGGAGGAACCAGCAUCGCAGCCAGUGCUGGGUGAGCUCAGGGUUUCCAACGUCACCUCUGACUCGGUGCAGCUGGAGUGGAGCGUCCCCGAGGGCACCUUUGACUCCUUCACGCUGCAGUACCGCGAUGCACAAGGCCAGCCCCAGGUGCUGCCCGUGGACGGGGGUUCCCGCACGCUGACGCUGCCGGGGCUGUCCCCGUCCCGCCGCUACAAGUUCAACCUGUACGGGCUGUGGGGUCGCACACGCCUGGGCCCCGUCUCCACCGACACUGUCACAGCUCCAGCUCCACAGGAGGAGGAAUCCCAGCCAGUGCUGGGUGAGCUCAGGGUGUCCGAGGUCACCUCUGACUCGGUGCAGCUGGAGUGGAGCGUCCCCGAGGGCACCUUUGACUCCUUCACGCUGCAGUACCGCGAUGCACAAGGCCAGCCCCAGGUGCUGCCCGUGGACGGGGGUUCCCGCACGCUGACGCUGCCGGGGCUGUCCCCGUCCCGCCGCUACAAGUUCAACCUGUACGGGCUGUGGGGUCGCACACGCCUGGGCCCCGUCUCCACCGACACUGUCACAGCUCCAGCUCCACAGGAGGAGGAACCAGCAUCGCAGCCAGUGCUGGGUGAGCUCAGGGUGUCCGAGGUCACCUCUGACUCGGUGCAGCUGGAGUGGAGCGUCCCCGAGGGCACCUUUGACUCCUUCACGCUGCAGUACCGCGAUGCACAAGGCCAGCCCCAGGUGCUGCCCGUGGACGGGGGUUCCCGCACGCUGACGCUGCCGGGGCUGUCCCCGUCCCGCCGCUACAAGUUCAACCUGUACGGGCUGUGGGGUCGCACACGCCUGGGCCCCGUCUCCACCGACACUGUCACAGCCCCAGCUCCACAGGAGGAGGAACCAGCAUCGCAGCCCAUGCUGGGCCAGCUGACGGCCCCUCACGUCACCUCUGACUCGGUGCAGCUGGAGUGGAGCAUCCCCGAGGGCACCUUUGACUCCUUCACGCUGCAGUACCGCGAUGCACAAGGCCAGCCCGAGUCUCUGCUCUUGGACGGGGGGUCCCGCAGAGUGACAGUCCCUGGGCUGUCACCUUCCCAGCGCUACAACUUCUACCUGUAUGGGGUGAUUGGGCAGAAACGCCUGGGCCCUGUCUCCCUCGACACUAUCACAGCCCCAGCUCCACAGGAGAAGCCACCAACCAAGCCCCGCCUGGGCGAGCUGAGGGCCCCUCACGUCACCUCUGACUCGGUGCAGCUGGAGUGGAGCGUCCCCGAGGGCACCUUUGACUCCUUCACGCUGCAGUACCGCGAUGCACAAGGCCAGCCCCAGGUGCUGCCCGUGGACGGGGGUUCCCGCACGCUGACGCUGCCGGGGCUGUCCCCGUCCCGCCGCUACAAGUUCAACCUGUACGGGCUGUGGGGUCGCACACGCCUGGGCCCCGUCUCCACCGACACUGUCACAGCUCCAGCUCCACAGGAGGAGGAAUCCCAGCCAGUGCUGGGCGAGCUCAGGGUGUCCGAGGUCACCUCUGACUCGGUGCAGCUGGAGUGGAGCGUCCCCGAGGGCACCUUUGACUCCUUCACGCUGCAGUACCGCGAUGCACAAGGCCAGCCCCAGGUGCUGCCCGUGGACGGGGGUUCCCGCACGCUGACGCUGCCGGGGCUGUCCCCGUCCCGCCGCUACAAGUUCAACCUGUACGGGCUGUGGGGUCGCACACGCCUGGGCCCCGUCUCCACCGACACUGUCACAGCUCCAGCUCCACAGGAGGAGGAACCAGCAUCGCAGCCAGUGCUGGGUGAGCUCAGGGUUUCCAACGUCACCUCUGACUCGGUGCAGCUGGAGUGGAGCGUCCCCGAGGGCACCUUUGACUCCUUCACGCUGCAGUACCGCGAUGCACAAGGCCAGCCCCAGGUGCUGCCCGUGGACGGGGGUUCCCGCACGCUGACGCUGCCGGGGCUGUCCCCGUCCCGCCGCUACAAGUUCAACCUGUACGGGCUGUGGGGUCGCACACGCCUGGGCCCCGUCUCCACCGACACUGUCACAGCCCCAGCUCCACAGGAGGAGGAAUCCCAGCCAGUGCUGGGUGAGCUCAGGGUGACCGAGGUCACCUCUGACUCGGUGCAGCUGGAGUGGAGCGUCCCCGAGGGCACCUUUGACUCCUUCACGCUGCAGUACCGCGAUGCACAAGGCCAGCCCCAGGUGCUGCCCGUGGACGGGGGUUCCCGCACGCUGACGCUGCCGGGGCUGUCCCCGUCCCGCCGCUACAAGUUCAACCUGUACGGGCUGUGGGGUCGCACACGCCUGGGCCCCGUCUCCACCGACACUGUCACAGCUCCAGCUCCACAGGAGGAGGAAUCCCAGCCAGUGCUGGGCGAGCUCAGGGUGUCCGAGGUCACCUCUGACUCGGUGCAGCUGGAGUGGAGCGUCCCCGAGGGCACCUUUGACUCCUUCACGCUGCAGUACCGCGAUGCACAAGGCCAGCCCCAGGUGCUGCCCGUGGACGGGGGUUCCCGCACGCUGACGCUGCCGGGGCUGUCCCCGUCCCGCCGCUACAAGUUCAACCUGUACGGGCUGUGGGGUCGCACACGCCUGGGCCCCGUCUCCACCGACACUGUCACAGCCCGAGCUCCACAGGAGGAGGAAUCCCAGCCAGUGCUGGGUGAGCUCAGGGUGUCCGAGGUCACCUCUGACUCGGUGCAGCUGGAGUGGAGCGUCCCCGAGGGCACCUUUGACUCCUUCACGCUGCAGUACCGCGAUGCACAAGGCCAGCCCCAGGUGCUGCCCGUGGACGGGGGUUCCCGCACGCUGACGCUGCCGGGGCUGUCCCCGUCCCGCCGCUACAAGUUCAACCUGUACGGGCUGUGGGGUCGCACACGCCUGGGCCCCGUCUCCACCGACACUGUCACAGCUCCAGCUCCACAGGAGGAGGAACCAGCAUCGCAGCCAGUGCUGGGUGAGCUCAGGGUUUCCGACGUCACCUCUGACUCGGUGCAGCUGGAGUGGAGCGUCCCCGAGGGCACCUUUGACUCCUUCACGCUGCAGUACCGCGAUGCACAAGGCCAGCCCCAGGUGCUGCCCGUGGACGGGGGUUCCCGCACGCUGACGCUGCCGGGGCUGUCCCCGUCCCGCCGCUACAAGUUCAACCUGUACGGGCUGUGGGGUCGCACACGCCUGGGCCCCGUCUCCACCGACACUGUCACAGCCCCAGCUCCACAGGAGGAGGAACCAGCAUCGCAGCCAGUGCUGGGUGAGCUCAGGGUGUCCGAGGUCACCUCUGACUCGGUGCAGCUGGAGUGGAGCGUCCCCGAGGGCACCUUUGACUCCUUCACGCUGCAGUACCGCGAUGCACAAGGCCAGCCCCAGGUGCUGCCCGUGGACGGGGGUUCCCGCACGCUGACGCUGCCGGGGCUGUCCCCGUCCCGCCGCUACAAGUUCAACCUGUACGGGCUGUGGGGUCGCACACGCCUGGGCCCCGUCUCCACCGACACUGUCACAGCCCCAGCCCGACAGGAGGAGGAAUCCCAGCCAGUGCUGGGCGAGCUCAGGGUGUCCGAGGUCACCUCUGACUCGGUGCAGCUGGAGUGGAGCGUCCCCGAGGGCACCUUUGACUCCUUCACGCUGCAGUACCGCGAUGCACAAGGCCAGCCCCAGGUGCUGCCCGUGGACGGGGGUUCCCGCACGCUGACGCUGCCGGGGCUGUCCCCGUCCCGCCGCUACAAGUUCAACCUGUACGGGCUGUGGGGUCGCACACGCCUGGGCCCCGUCUCCACCGACACUGUCACAGCUCCAGCUCCACAGGAGGAGGAAUCCCAGCCAGUGCUGGGUGAGCUCAGGGUGUCCGAGGUCACCUCUGACUCAGUGCAGCUGGAGUGGAGCGUCCCCGAGGGCACCUUUGACUCCUUCACGCUGCAGUACCGCGAUGCACAAGGCCAGCCCCAGGUGCUGCCCGUGGACGGGGGUUCCCGCACGCUGACGCUGCCGGGGCUGUCCCCGUCCCGCCGCUACAAGUUCAACCUGUACGGGCUGUGGGGUCGCACACGCCUGGGCCCCGUCUCCACCGACACUGUCACAG